CUCUUUACGAACUUGAGCCGAGUGGGGGUGUGUUUGCGCGGGGCAGCUGUUUUCGAGAAUGUCAGAAACAACCGUGCCAUUUAUAUUUUACGCCUCUUCCACAAAAGCAAACCUGCAAAACAGCCGACCGCUGGGAAUUCACCCGUACCGUCCCAAAUAGACGACUUGCUUCGUUUUUUUGCGGGCUCGUCAGACUACCGAGAUGAACACCCCAAACGCGAAGAAGGGCUUCCAACCUCCGCUGUGAAGCCAAACACAAUUCUCUCUCCUCUUUUUUUGUUUUUUAUUUCCUUUUUUUUUUUUUUUGUAAUGCCGGCAGCGCACCCCUUUACCUGAGAACAAUGUCCUUUCUGAUGAAAAAGAAGAAGUUCAAGUUUCAAGUGCAUUUUACAUUAGAGGAGCUUACGGCGGUGCCUUUUGUCAACGGAGUUCUUUUCUGUAAGAUCCGGCUGAUCGAUGGCGGCGACUUUGUCAUUCAUUCAUCCAGGGAGGAGGUGCAACAGAACUGUGUUCGAUGGGGGAAGAAGUUCUGCUUUGUGUGCAAAAUGAGCGCUAAUCCAGUCACGGGCAUGUUGGAACCCCGCAUCUGUAGGGUCUCCGUACGCAAGGAGCUUAAAGGAGGAAAGGCCUUUUCAAAGCUGGGUUUUGCGGACCUGAACAUUGCUGAAUUCGCGGGCUCCGGUUCCACAGUUCGCUGCUGCAUCCUGGAGGGCUAUGACACAAAAAAUAGCCGUCAGGACAACUCAAUUCUCAAGGUGACAAUCGGGAUGGCCCUUCUGUCUGGCGAUCCAUGCUUUAAAAUGCCUCCCAGCACAGUGAAAUCGGUCUGUGUCGGAGAUGAGGAUCCCACCCUGCAGCUGGACUGUAAGGGGGAUAGCACUGAUGCCAAAAUACAAGCGCUCAGCACAAUCGUGGAGGGGCCUCGCGCCUUUCAACCCAGACAGACAUCGGCGCGUAGCUCAGGGCUGCCUGAUGAGGGGGGUGAUGUCUUCAACCAAGACGAGGUCUUCCACACUGGUCAUUUUCGCAAUUCCAGCUUUGCCAGCCAGCAUAGCAAGAUAUCAGGUUACAGCACAGGCCACUCUCGCUCUUCCAGCCUGACCGACCUCAGUCCCCAUCGAAGCGUCUCGCGCAGCAGCAGCAGCCCGUCGUGCGGCCUCGCGCACCCGCGUCCCUCCACCCCGACACAGCCGCCUCGGCAAGGAACUCCCACCAAACCCGAGAGACCUCCACUACCCUCCGUCGCCGCCGUCAUGUCCAAUAGAUCGUCCAGAAGGAAGAACGACACGAUGGAGACGCAGCAUCGCUGCGUGGACGACACCCGCAUUGAUGCCGACGACAUUGUGGAAAAGAUUGUUCAGAGUCAGAAUUUUUCAGACGGCAGCAACAACGAAGACAGCAACUUGCAGUUGUUUGUCAGCAAAGAUGGGACCACCGCCCUCGGUGGGGCGCAGCUCGGCAACAGAGUAACACCUGGCGUUUUUGAAGCCGUGGUCAUUGGGACGCAUUGACCCACGUGCCACCCUCUCUCUGCCUCGGGAUUCUUGGGCAUGCGAUUGUAUGUGAACGCGUGUACAAGCGCAGUGUGUCCAAAAUCUGCUCGCAGUGCACGCCACUUUUAGAUAAGACUACUGUGAUACAUAUAGGCGCCGGCGGUGUAGCGGUGCCGUCUGGCAGAUGGCACGGGUUCAAUUCAACGUCAUGUUUUUUUACAUUCAUAUGAUUUCUAUGUGCAGAAAUGUCUUUCUGACAAACAAAAAUGAACAAAUCGGUAAAAGGAACCGAUCGAUCAAUGGAAUCCCAUGGAAGGAAACGAAAAGGAGGUGUUGAAUCAGGCAAGCAAGAUGAAGUCGUUUUAGUACGAUGGCACAAACGAGUCUUAAUGAGCAUACAACUGGUCCCCCGAAAUGUUUAAUUCUGUUCUAUAUUGUGGUAUGAAAUGUGAGCCGAGUGUUUACCUGCUGCUGAGAGGAUUGCCAGAAACCUCUUAAAAGAUAUUACACGUAAAUGUUUGUUUGUUUGUUUGCUUGCUUGUUUUUUGGAUUUCAUUCAAAUGUCUUUUUUUAUGGCAGGCCAUAUGUAACACUGUACUGUAUGCGAACGUUCUUUCAACUUUUGUUUGAUUUCUUUUAGUCCACUCGAUCAUCCCGUUCGAUUUGCUCAAAUUAUAAUUCUGAAUUUCAUUGUGACUGUCAAAUGUUUUUUGUUUUUUUUCUUUCUUUUGAAACAAAAAACGGAAAGUCACCAAAUGGUUAGCAAUGAUACUACUGUUUGGGUUCAUGAGGACAUUUCGCGUGAAGUAUAAGGACGUUUUUUUCGGCUCCAGGGCUUCCCUUAUAAUUUAAUAGUGUCAUUUAAUUUGGAACCUCUGAAAUAAUUACACAUAAAUGUCGGUGACUGUUUUCAUUUCUCCAUAUUCCUUUUUAGACAGCAGUGUAAACGGUGUCGGUAUGAGAUAACAUGAUGUACAUUUUUGCACUGAAUGUUCGAAAUAAACGUUCAAUCAAUUAUGGAACAUCAGAGCCAAACUGAUGACAAAAACAUUCACGAAUACAUUUAUGAGACGAGACUUGUACAUUUUUGUUGUAUACAUUUUAGGGAGAAAAGAAUUAAGAAAACAAGUUGCAAAGACAAGUGAAAGUAGCAAAUGCAGCAACAGAAUCUCUUCUUGUGUGCAUAGAACUAAGGUCACAGUUUUGUUUUACAACCCCAAUGAAGUUGGGACGUUGUGUUAAACGUAAAUAAAAAAAGAAUACAAUGAUUUUCAAAUCAUGUUCAACCUAGAUGUAAUUGAAUACACUACAAGACAAGAUAAUUCAUGUUCAAACUGAUCAACUUGAUUGUUUGUAGCAAAUAAUCAUGAACUUUGAAUUUUACGGCUGCAACACGUUCCAAAAAAGCUGGGACAGGGUCGUGUGUUACAUCACCUUUUCUUUGAACAACAUUCAAAAACCGUUUGGGGAACGGAGGACGCUAAUUGUUGAAGCUUUGUAGGUGGAAUUCUUUCCCAUUCUUGCUUGAUGUGCAGCUUCAGCUGUUCAACAGUCUGGGGUCUCCGUUGUCGUAUUUUACGCUUCAUAAUGUGCCACAUGUUUUCAAUGGGAGUCAGGUCUGGACUGCAGGCAGGCCAGUCUAGUACCCGCACUCUUUUACCAGGAAGCCACGCUGUUGUAACACGUGCAGAAUGUGGUUUGGCAUUCUCUUGCUGAAAUAGGCAGGGGCGUCCAUGAAAUAGACGUUGCUUGGAUGGCAGCAUAUGUUUCUCCAAAACCAGUCUGUACCUUUCAGCGUUAAUGGUGGCUUCACAGAUGUGUAAGUUACCCAUGCCAUUGGCACUAACACAGUCCCAUACCAUCACAGAUGCUGGCUUUUGAACUUUGCGUCCAUAACAGUCUGGAUGGUUCUUUUCCGCUUUGUCCCGGAGGACACGACGUCCACAAUUUCCAAAAACAAUUUGAAAUGUGGACUCGUCGGACCACAGAACACUUUUCCACUUUGCAUCAGUCCAUCUUAGAAGAGCUCUGGCCCAGAGAAGCCGGCGGCAUUUCUGGGUGUUGUUGAUAAAUAGCUACUAUGCAAAGCAUUGCAUAGUAGAGUUUCAAGUUGCACUUCCGGAUGUAGCGCCGAACUGUAUUUACUGACAUUGCUUUUCUGAAGUGUGGCGAUAUCCUUUACGCGUUGAUGUCGGUUUUUGAUGCGGUGCCGCCUGAGGGAUCGAAGGUCACGGGCAUUCAAUAUUGGUUUCUCAGUUUGAACAUGAAAUAUCUUGUCUUUGUAGUGUAUUCAAUGAAAUAUAGGUCGAACAUGAUUUGCAAAUCAUUGUAUUCUGUUUUUCUUUAUGUUUAACACAACGUCCCAACUUCAUUGGAAUUGGGCUUGUAUUUUAUUAUCAUUUCUCGUCUGUUUUUUUUUUCCCUCAAGAGCAGCCUGUAUAGUGUAAAGUUUAACUUGACAAGACUAUCUUCAUUGCUCACCCAACUUGCGGACGUUCCAAGAUAAGGACGCAUUUUUCAUCACUACGAUCCUUUCAGAACUGACUAACUUGAAUUUUCAUUGCACUUUUCGUCUCACGACAGUUUGCUCCGAGUGAUUGUGGUUGAAGUUGCGCGCAUGGUACGCCAAAAUCCACGUGCCAAUAACUUCACUCUGUGGUGUUGUUUUUGACCAGCAGGCUGGUGUACUGUUUAUGUUUGUACGCAAACUGAAAGAUACUGUAAGCUGAAAUGAAAAGUCAAAUAAUAGUACCAAUAUUUACGCUAUUUCGUUUUUGGGUUGGAUUGCCUUCUUCAACCUGUUCUGAUGUUUAUGUUUCUAUCCUGUCAUAUAAUUUGCUUUUUUCACAACGUAAUGAUUUUCUGCACCUUGUGAUUUAAAAUGUUGGGAGGUCAAAUAAAAAAUGGGAGUUAAAUGAAAAUAUUUGUGCCUAAAUAAAAAUUCAAUGGAA